AGAAGAGCAUCUUCACAGCGGAAGCAGAAAGAGUGGAGAAAGUAGACUGUCCAGACUUUCGGCACAAACCCUCCGAAAGGUCGCUUCUGUGCCAUGGAUGUCCCCGUUUCGGAUAGCGACUGGAGGAGCCCCCAGUUCCGGCAGAAAGUGGUCGCACAGAUUGAGGAGGCCAUGAGAAAGGCCGGGACGGCUCACACCAAGUCCAGCACCGACAUGGAGAACCACGUCUACAUCAAGGCCAAGUCCAGAGAGGAGUAUUUAUCUCUGGUGGCCAGACUCAUCAUCCACUUCAGAGACAUCCAUAAGAAGAGUCUGGGCGGUCCAGAUCCCAUGAAUGCCCUGACUAACCUGACAGGGGUUGGAGGGGGCCCUGGCGCCAUCGGCAUGGGGCCACGCCCCGCCGGCGCUCCAGUGGGGGGCAUGGGGGCCAUGGGGCCAAUGCAGAUAGGCCAGCAUGCCAUGGCAGGGGUGUCUGGAAACCCACAAUCCAUUGGAGGCCCGGCUCAGAUGCCAAUGCAGCAGAUGGUGCAGGCGCAGCAGCAACAGCAGCAGUCGCUGCAGUUCCAGCAGUUCCAGCAGCAGCAGAACGCCAUGCAGCAGCAGCAGAACGCCGCUGCCAUCCAGCAGCAGUUCCAGGUGCAGCAGCAGCUGAGGGUGCAGCAGCUCCAGCAGCAGCAGCAACAGCAGCAGCAGCAGCAGCACCACAACCACCAGCAGCAGCAGCAGCAGCAGCAGAGCCAGAGCCAGCAGCAACAGAACCAGAUGCACCAGUCACGGAUUCAGCAGCAGCAGCAGCAGAUGGUGCAACUGCAGCUCCAGCAGCAUGCCCAGGCUCAAGCCCAGGCCCAGGCCCAGGCCCAGGCUCAGGCUCAGGCUCAGGCCCAGGCCCAGGCCCAGGCUCAGGCCCAGGCCCAGGCCCAGGCCCAGUCCAUCCAGCACAUGGUUCAGCAGCAGCAGGUCCAGGUCCAGGCGGGUCCGAUGCCUCCACACUCUCAGCAGCAGCAGCAGCAGCCCGGCCUGGUGCCUCAGUCUUUGGCUGGACAGAUGUCAUCGGCUCAGCACGUCCCCAUCAACUCCCUGAGUCAACAGCAGCAGCAGCAGCAGCACCAGCUGAAGAUCCAACAGGCCUUCCAGGCUCGUGCCGCCCAGCAGGCAGCUCAGCAGGCUCAGCAGGCAGCAGCACAGGCCCAGCUGAACGCUGCUGCGCCCGGACAGCUCGUCCGUCCUGUGAUGCAGAUUCCGACUCGGAUGCCUCGUGCCCCCCUCAACACGGGCAUGACUCCCCAGAACACCGCAGCACCUGUGGGAGGACAACCUAUCACACAGCAGGUACAGCAGCAUCCCAUUAUGUCUUCGCCAUCACCGCUGCAGGUUCAGACGCCGCAGUCGAUGCCCCCCCCGCCUCAGCCGUCACCUCAACCACCCACCUCACAGCCCAACUCAGCCAGUUCUGGUCCGACCCCGUCCCCGGGGGGGUUCCAGCCUAGUCCCUCUCCUCAGCCCUCCCAGAGCCCCGCCAACGCCCGGACCCCCCAGAACUAUGGAGUCCCCUCCCCCACCCUCAACACUCCAGGAAACCCCAGCUCAGUGAUGAGUCCAGCAGGGGCCACAUCCCUGGAGGACCAGCAGUACAUGGAAAAGCUCAAACAGCUGUCCAAGUACAUCGAACCUCUGCGCAGGAUGAUCAACAAGAUCGACAAGAACGAAGACAGGAAGAAAGACCUGAGUAAGAUGAAGAGUCUGCUGAACAUCCUGACCGACCCCAACACCAGGUGUCCUCUGAAGACAUUGCAGAAGUGUGAGAUCGCAUUAGAGAAGCUGAAGAACGACAUGGCUGUGCCGACUCCGCCCCCUCCGCCGGUCGCCCCAGGUACCAAGCAGUACCUGUGUCAGCCGCUGCUGGAUGCCGUCAUGGCCAACAUCCGCUCGCCGGUCUUUAACCACUCCCUGUAUCGGACCUUUGCCCCCGCCAUGACCGCUGUCCACGGACCCCCCAUAACGGGUCCCGGCGUCUCGGGGCGGAAGCGCAAACAGGAAGAGGACGAGCGCCAGACCAUCCCCAACAUCCUGCAGGGGGAGGUGGCCCGCCUCGACGUCAAGUUCCUGGUCAACCUGGACUCUGCCCACUGUAGCAACAAUGGCACCGUGCACCUGGUCUGCAAGCUGGACGACAAGAACCUUCCCAGUGUUCCUCCCCUGCAGCUCAGCGUUCCUGCCGAUUAUCCCGACCAGAGCCCAUACUGGGCCGACCACCAGGAGCAGUAUGGCGCCAACAGCUUCCUGCAGAACGUCCACCGCAACAUGACAUCCAAACUGCUGCAGCUGCCGGACAAACACAGCGUCACCGAGCUGCUCAACACCUGGGCCCAGAGCGUCCGGCAGGCCUGUCUGUCAGCCGCCUAGCCCUGCCCCUGGACCCAGAGCAUCCGGCAGGCCUGUCUGUCAGCCACCUAGCCCCGCCCCCACUACACCUUGGGCUGCCUCCUCCUUCAGGGUCGGAUUUCAACAUCUACUGUUUUAGUCGAAUUAAACAUUUAAAUCCAUGAAGUCAUUUCUCUUCACCGUUGCUGUUUUUCUCUUUUCUACAUUUACUGUUUUUUUCUUGUAAAUUUGUGACUUGGCUGUCAUUUUUUAAUGUAAAUUUAACCCUUUAAUGCAACAGUUUAAUAGUUUAAAGUCACAAAUUUACAAAGAAAAUCUCUGAAUAUUUGUUUUUUAUUUGUUGGUAAAUGUUUAACUUUAUCAUUGGAAUGUUCUUGUCAUUUCUUUCUUUUUUUUAUAAACAUGUUUUAAUUUCAGGGAAUUUGAGUUUCUCAUAAAUGUUUGAGUCUGUGUGUGAUUAAAAACAGCCGAGACUCAUGGGUGAUGUAGUAUCGGACUCAUGUUUCAGAAACACUUUAUUUAACACAAAUAAAAGUCCGACAUUUCCAUGAU